AGCCUCAAUGACCUGGUACAAUUGUAGCCUUGCCUCACCAGCCACAACACCACUUACCACCUUGACCUUUGGCAGUCAGCCUUGCAAAAAGUUUGAGAGUCGCGUUGAUCGCGAAGCAUACCCACUUCCAACCCGGCCUCUCAACUUGUAUCACACCAGCAGCCAUGGACGACCUCUACGAUGAGUUCGGCAAUUUCAUUGGCGAGGAGGCCGACGCAUCUGAGGAGGAGUCAGAGCAUGGCGUGGAUGCUGGGCAAUAUGUCUACGACGAGGAAUUUGAGGCGGCGCAUGAGCCCACGGGACAAGAGCUGAUGGAAUUGGACGAUGAGGGACCUUCGAACGCUGUUGUUCUUCACGAGGACAAACAAUACUAUCCGACAGCCCAGCAGGUGUAUGGAGCGGACGUCGAGACGCUCGUCCAGGAAGAGGAUGCACAACCACUCACACAGCCCAUCAUCGCACCGCCCGAUAUCAAGAAGUUCACGAUCGAGGAGGACGACCUCCCGCCCGUCUUUUUUGACCGCGGCUUCAUGGCAGACCUGAUGAACUACCCCGACCAAAUACGCAACGUUGCCUUGGCUGGGCAUCUGCACCACGGAAAGACCUCUUUCAUGGACAUGUUGGUCAUGGAGACUCAUGAUAUCGGUGAAAGACUUGAAAAGAGGAGCGGAAAAAAGAGAGAUGAGCAACUACGGUAUACCGACGUCCACGUUCUGGAGAGGGAGAGAGGCGUGUCAGUCAAGGCUGCUCCAAUGAGCCUGGUACUACAAAGCACCAAGGGGAAGUCACACCUUUUCAAUAUUAUUGAUACCCCAGGGCAUGUCAACUUCGUUGAUGAAGUUGCCGCAUCACUACGACUGGUUGAUGGUGUGGCCUUAGUGGUGGACGUGGUAGAAGGAGUUCAGGUCAACACCGAGCAGAUCAUUAAGCAUGCCGUACUUGAGGAUAUUCCCAUGACACUCAUAGUCAACAAGGUGGAUCGCUUAAUACUCGAGUUACGCCUUCCGCCCACCGAUGCCUAUUUCAAGCUGAAACAUUGCAUUGAAGAGAUCAAUACCAUUAUUGAGAACACGAUACCGGGUGCGGGAGAAAAAAGGCGCCUCAGUCCAGAGAAAGGCAACGUGCUGUUCGCAUGUAGCGAAAUGGGCUGGUGCUUCACCCUUCAGUCUUUUGCCAAGAUGUAUGCAGACAACUUCCCGGGCGUCAUCAUGGAUGAGUUUGCCAAACGUCUCUGGGGUGAUGUCUACUUCAACCCGAAGAAGAGAACAUUCAGCCGUAAGCCAUUACAGGGUGAGAAUCGUGCGAAGCGGUCCUUCAUCAGUUUCAUCCUGGAGCCAAUCUACAAAGUCUUUUCGCUUUCCAUCAGCCAAAGCCCCGAAGACCUCAAAGCCACCUUGGCUUCAUUGGACAUCGUCCUGAAACCAUCGCAGUACAAAACGGACGCUAAAGUGCUACUAAAACUGGUGUGCGAACAGUUCUUCGGCCCGUCUACGGGCUUCGUCGACAUGGUCGUUCAGCAUAUUCCCUCGCCGCUUGAAGCGGCACAAAAACAGUUGGAACGGUACUACACGGGCCCGUUAGACACCAAGGUGGCAGAAUCGAUGAAGGCUUGCGACCAAGACGGCCCACUAGUGAUAAACAUCACCAAGCUGUUCAACGCUACCGAUGGUAAGAGCUUUUCCUCGUUCGGCCGGGUCAUGAGCGGCACAGCGCGGCCAGGGAUGCAAGUGCGAGUUCUUGGCGAAGGAUACUCAAUCGACGACGAGGAGGACAUGACCAUGGCUACAAUCUCUGGGGUGCACAUUGCGGAGACGAGGUACAACAUACCAACCGACGGUAUUCCGGCCGGAAACUGGGCAUUGCUCGGCGGUAUCGACAACUCUAUAGUCAAGUCGGCAACUGUUAUGCCUCCUAAGCUGGAAGAUGACGAGGAGGCGUAUAUCUUCAAGCCAAUAACGCAUUUCACCGAGUCUGUCCUCAAAGUUGCCGUGGAACCCAUUAACCCGUCAGAACUGCCGAAGAUGCUGGACGGCUUGAGGAAAAUCAACAAGAGCUAUCCCUUAAUCACGACGAAAGUUGAAGAGUCUGGGGAACAUAUCAUCCUCGGCACUGGGGAACUCUACAUGGAUUGUGUUCUCCACGACCUGCGAAGGCUCUACGCGGAUAUGGAAAUCAAAGUUUCUGACCCUGUGACCCGAUUCUGCGAGACGGUGGACGAGAUGUCGGCAACAAAAUGCUACGCUAUUACCCCGAACAAGAAAAACAAGAUCACCAUGGUCGCUGAACCGUUAGAUGACGGCAUUCCGGAAGACAUUGAGGCGGGCCACGUCAAGAUGCGUGACGGAACCCGGAAAGUGGCCAAGUUCUUCGAGGAGAAAUACGGAUGGGAUCUGCUCGCUGCGAGAAGCAUAUGGGCAUUUGGACCGGAUGAGUUGGGCCCAAACAUCUUACAGGACGACACGCUUCCCUCCGAGGUCGAUAAGAGUCUGCUCAAGACUGUGCGAGAAACCAUUCGCCAGGGUUUCAGUUGGGCAGCCCGCGAAGGUCCAUUAUGUGAAGAACGUAAGUUAGUUCACUUGAGUCUACUCUAUCUCUUACCUUUUCGCCUCCUCCAUUCUGCCUUUUGCAUGGAUUGCAUUGCACGUACCCGCCCUCCUUCAAUUUUAUUCCCUUCCGACACAUGCACACCACACGCACGCCAUACAACGCAGAGAGUUUCCGCGCGUCCGGCCGAGAGAAUAUAAUACGUCCAGAUCCGAUAGUCUCCAUCUUGGAGCGCCGAUGUCACUCCAGAUUUCAUCUCGAUGCCGCCGUGCAGGGACCAGGAGGGAACAGGGGGCCAGGGACUUCCAGCACAGUGAUGAGAGCUACAGGGGUCUUGGCAAUCCUCCCACCAGUUAGGCCGGCAAUGAACUGGAUACAACCCAUGUCGCGCACCAUAUGCUAGGAAACAAAC